AUGUCUUCAUACGGUAUUUAUUUGGAAGACGGUCCUGUUAGGAGACCACAGCCUGUUGGUAAUCCCCUAUUGAGAAAAAUCAAUAGGGCUUGUAGAAUGUCGCUACCUGAGCCAGAUCUGGCUUUGAAUCUGGAUAUUGCUGAUUACAUCAAUGAAAAACAAGGUGGUGCUGCUUACGAUGCAUCAAAGGCCAUUGUUAAAUUGAUCAACAACAGAGAUACUCACACUGCUGUUUUUGCCCUAGCGUUGUUAGAUGUUCUAGUGAAAAAUUGUGGUUAUCCAUUACAUUUACAAAUAUCUAGAAAGGCAUUUUUAAAUGAAUUAGUCAAGAGAUUUCCUGAACAUCCACCUUUAAGAUAUUCGAAAGUACAAAGGUUGAUUUUGACUGCCAUUGAAGAGUGGUAUCAAACUAUCUGUAAACUAUCUGAAUAUAAAGAUGAAAUGAAUUAUAUUAGAGAUAUGAGAAGGCUCUUGAAAUAUAAAGGCUACAUCUUCCCAAAGAUUCAAUCUGACAAUCUCGCUGUCAUGAGACCUACAGAUCAAUUGAAAACACCAAGUGAAAUCCAAAAGGAGCAAGAAAUUGUUCAAGCUGCUAAGUUGGAGGAAUUGAUCAGAAGCGGUAGACCAGAUGAUCUUAAAGAGGCAAACAAGUUGAUGAAAGUCAUGGCUGGCUUCAAAGAAGACAAUAUUGUCAAGGCAAAACAAAGUGUUAAUAACGAGUUGAAUAAAUUGAAACGUAAAGCUGACUUGUUGAAUGAAAUGUUAAGCUCUUCGGAUGAUAUGAAUGAUAAUGAAACCGCUGAAGAACUGUACGCUGCAUUGAAAAAUGCUCAACCAAAAUUUCAAAAGAUUAUUGAGGAAGAGCAUGACGAUGAUGAUUUGGUUCAAGAUCUAUUGAAAUUUAACGACAAUGUGAACCAGUUAUUAGAGAAGUACAGCCUUUUAAGAAAUGGUAAUGUUACCGCUGCUCAACAAAUCAACCCUCAAGCAAUGUCCACAGGUUCUAUGAUGCAAUCAAAUUCGGGAGCUUUGGCUAAUGAAAUCAAUUUAAUUGACUUUGGUGAUGAUCUAGGCGUCACAUCCCCAUCACCAACUCCUAAUGCAUCAUCUACUACUAAUACUGGUGAUGUGAUAGAUUUAUUAGGUGAUUUAACUUUAUCGUCUUCACCAUCUUCUCCGAAAAAUGAUACCAACAAUAACUCUCUAAGUCUAGCGGGUGGUAUCAAAUUAGACGAUAACAACGACUCUCUUGACUUAUUCGGAGACUUCACUUCGACUGGUACUUCUUCUAGAAUCCUUAUUAAUCAAUCAGCAACUUUGAAAAUUGAAGCAGAAAAUAAAAGAUUAUCUGAUUCAACUGUAAAUAGCAAAAUCUACUUCUCAAAUCUAUCUAAUGAUAAAUUGACAGAUUUAACUUUCCUCAUUGCUGUACCAAAAUCUAUGAAGUUAACUUUAUUGCCUCAAUCAGACAAUGAAAUGGUACCACAUACAAACAGUGGUAUAUCUCAAGAGGCCAAUAUUGAUAAUGUACCAAAAGCUGCAGGCAAACCAUUGAAAAUCAAAUGGAAAGUUAACUAUAAAAUUGCUAACAAUCCAAUCGAAGAGACUGCCGUCUUCACUUUCCCCGCGUUAUAA